CAGUAACAUUUACACUGUAAUUUGAAGAAUUAGUGCAGCGGUCUGUCAUAUAAAAGAUUUAGGUGAAAACAAUGUCGAUUUAUUAAAAGCGUCAUUAUUAAUAGCCGGUGGCAAACCUGCGCGUUUGGAACAGUUCCCUUGGAAUGUUCAGUUCUUGAACAGCGGAGGCUUGUGCGCAGCCAGCAUUUUGACUAAGAAGACAGUGUUGACGGCAGGACACUGCUUUGAUUUUAACAAGAACAUCGGAGACAUGUCAGUGCUUGCAGCGUCGCACCACAUCAUGGAUCACCACAGACAACAACACAAUGUUUGGGACUUCAGGAUUCACCCGGACUACAACACGACAGCGAUAUUCUCUGACGACAUAGCCCUCAUUUUCAUAGAAGACUCGUUCGUUUACGGUGUCGACGUGCAGCCAGCGAAGCUGGUCAAUACUGAUCGCUGGAUGAAAGAAUAUGGAAGCCUGUUCACGGCGACUGGCUGGGGGCAGACUUCGGAAAAUGGUGAUCUAUCUUCAAGAGGUCUAAUGGAAGCCAAAUUAAUUCUCAUUCCACGCAAGGAUUGCUUGAAAGACUUCAAAGGAGUGACGUUCAGUCGUGACAUGUUCUGCUUGUAUGGGAACGGCACUAGUGACACGUGUAAAGGAGACUCGGGUGGAGGCAUCUUGUGGAAUAACAUGAUCGUUGGCAUCGUGUCGCACGGAAAAGGUUGCUUGAAGUUCCCCGGCGUUUAUUCCAACGUCUACUACUACAUUGGCUGGAUAAAGAACACCACAGAAGAACUGAUUCGCCACUAUUGUCGAUUUCAGACAUUUGGUUAACUAGGUCUACGCUUUUAAUAAAAAGUCAUUU